AUGGGGUCUGAUCUGGCUUCGGUGACUGGUUUGGUUGCUAAGAUGGGCUCUGAGUUCAAGAUUCGUGACAUGGGUUCCCCGUCGUUUUUUCUGGGUAUAGAGACUGUCUCGGUUGAUGGUGGUCUGCUUCUCUCUCAACAGCGUUACAUGACAGAUAUCUUGAAGCGUGCUGGCAUGACUGACUGCAAGGCGUUAGCUACUCCUGUUGCUUUAUCUUUGCCUACAGUUGAUGCGGUGUCUCCUUAUCCUGAUCCGACUCAUUACUGCAAUCUUGCUGGAGCUCUUCAGUAUCUUACGGUGACUAGGCCUGACUUGUCGUUCGCGGUCAAUAAGCUCUGUCAGCACAUGCACGCUCCUACUACUGAGCAUUGGGCGAUGCUCAAGCGUGUCCUUCGGUAUGUGAAAGGGACUCUUCAUUUUGGCUUGCGCAUUUGUCGUUCCACUUCGGACACUAUUCAUGCUUUUUCAGAUUCUGACUGGGCUGGUGAUCCGGGUGAUCGGAAGUCUACGAGUGGCUUUGCGGUUUUCCUAGGCAGUAAUUUGGUUUCUUGGGUAUGUCGGAAGCAACGCACUGUGGCGCGUUCUUCAACUACAGCUGAAUACAAGGCGUUGGCUGAUGUUGCGGUAGAGGUCACGUGGCUGGUUUCCUUAUUGACUGAGCUUGGUAUGCAGCCUGCUGUACCGCCGCGGUUGUGGUGUGAUAACUUAGGAGCCACCUACCUCUGUGCUAAUCCGGUGUUUCAUGCUCGGACCAAGCAUGUCGAAAUUGAUUAUCACUUUGUUCGUGAUAAGGUUGCAAAGAAGGAACUUCUGGUUCAUUUUAUUUCUACUAAAGAUCAGCUAGCUGAUAUAUUCACGAAGCCUCUCCCUGGUUCGCGGUUCGCUUUUCUUCGGGGCAAGCUUAAUGUUGCUGCCAACCUUCAGCUUGAGGGGGAGUGUUAG